AUGGCUUUCAACUUCUCCACGUAUGUCGAAGUUCCUACGGUGAGGCUGUUUCUCAAGUUUCUCCAUAAAGCUGUAUCAAAAGACCUUUCUGCUAAUAAACGAAUCAAAAUAAGGUUAAACUGUUUUAGCGUGUUUUCAACUCAUAGUGAAAAGUUUUUCCGAGCAGCAUCUACUUUCACUGAAAUGCUAGAAAGUGCAUCAACCACCAAUUGAAAAAUUUUAAUAAAAAAUUUUAAAAGAAACAUGAAUAAAUAAAAAGCCGUAAGUUGGUAUGUGCUUAGUGUAUUGUACGUCGACGCUUAUUCUCAUGAUCUGGAAAAUUUUCAAUUUCGUUCAAGCUUUUUCUUAUUCAUUUGCGUUUUACCUUACUUUUUGUGAAGUUUUUAUCAGAAAGUACGGCUUUCGUCGAAGGGAUCAUUUGUUUAAGGAACUUUUUGUUGUCUUAACUUUUCCUUUAAAAGAAAUAGUUCUGUAUGUAUAAAUUCGUUUAUAAGGCUGUAAACUCUCAACGUCUCCGUACUUCAUCUCUUCGUAGUUUCUACUCUGCAUACGACGACUCUCUGAGCGAAAGCAAUGAGUUUGCGAUUUAUGACUUGAAUAUUUUUAAGUUAUCCGUUUUCAGAUAUGAGUUCGGAGCAGUUAUGCACGAUUAUCCGAAAAACAGCCACGGCAAGCCAAACAUGCCGCUGAGCAAGUGGAACAGCGAAAGUGAACUGACAAAAAGUGUUCAACGCAAAAUCAAGCAGAUUGCUGUUCGGGAAAAGUAACGAGACAUUUUGUUUCCAAGAUUUUUGUCGGGUUAAGAAAGAUGGGGGAAACUUCUCGCGCCAAUUCAGUUCUGCCUGAAGACGAUAUCGAAGUUCCUCGGGGUGCUCCGGUGCAGCAGAAUCGGAUUCGCAAGCCUGAGGUCUGUUCUGAAGUUUUAAGGAUGGUCUUUCUUUGUGUGGCAUACUUUUCUCGAACUUUUGUUGAAUCAAACAUUUAUUUUUCAGGCCUUGGAUUAUCUGAUUCGAGAACCUGAAGUUCCACGACAAGGCACUGACUUGGUGACUUCGAAAAUUCAGCAAAAAGUUGACUUAAAUUUCUUUUUGUCGCUUAAAUUCAAACUUAGCAACUUCGAAUGAAGAUUUUCGCGACAAGAACAGCAAUGCAUGUGGAGCCCAAGUUGGUGGAACGCACCAGAACUCAAGUCGCCGGAGAGGAAGUAUGCGAUUUUUUUUAAAGACAAAAGGAAACAUUUUCAGGAAGAAUUGGCAGUUGACGGCCAAGACCCUGCGCGAGAAAUUCAAAUUGUUCUCAAUCACGGGGUUGAGUGCCAAAAUGUUAGUUUAUUCAUAUUCAGGAUGAACUACGAAAUUUCGAUUAUCCUGGCUUGAAAAAAUAUUUAAUCACAGCCUUCAGAUAAACAGCUAAGGAAGGUGCGAAAAGAAAAUGAUUCGAGGCUCUCAAAAAAAAAAUUUUUUUCUCUACGGUGGUGAUUAAAGCAACAUUUUGAUAGAGUUGUCCUACCUAAUAACUGAAAAAAGGUGUGACAAGCCAAUGAGAGGCGUUGUCUGUUGGAGCGAAUUUUCGAGACUUGCGAGGCAUUCGCGUAAUCUUAACAAACUGUUUCAAAGAUAUUUCAAAAUAAUUGAAGUUUUUUCUUUUUCAAUCAAUACACAAAACAACUUUUAGAGUCAAUUAUAUACUUUUUGAGUUCAAAAUUACUUCAAAAAAGCUUAAAAAAACAAGUCAUCGUGGCCUUUUUUUCGGUCAUUUUUUGGACUCGACAUAUGAUUCCUAGGAUCGUGCCCGAGUAAAGCAACAAGAAGCCGUGACUUCGCGAGCCAUGAACAAUUUGGUGGGAAUGUGUUCUAACGACGCUACUCUCACUGAAAAUAUCCUUUUCAAUCCCAGGUUUAUCUAUUAUAUUCAAUUAAAAAACUUGUUUUUGGAAAUAAUCCUUAGAUUUGACUCCAAAUGGAAGUGGAAGCACACGAAAACCUUCGCCAGGACGGAUUCCAACGGGAAAAAAACGAAAAGAAAUAUCAACAGUCAGGGAUGGGUCGCGCCUUUGAAGGAGAUGUGCGCCAAGGUUUGUUGGGAGUAGAAUACGGAAAGAAUGGUCCAAAAAAAAGAUGAUAAAAAAAAAGAAUAAUUCAAUAAGUCCUCAUAAUGUUAAUAUUCGAAACUUCGUAACCUUUCUAAUUUUUUUGAACAGUAUUCUAUUUUUUAAAUCAUACAUUCUUGUUCAUAUUUUAGUUCAAAAGUCUCAAAAAUUUUUUUUGAAAGUCGGAUUUUUCGCGUGUUUCAGUCUGGGUUACUAUAGAACGCUAGCAUUUUUUUAUAAUGUAAAUUUAUUCCGUACAAAAAAAAUAGCGAACAUUUCAAAAUGCAAAGGCUACGAAGAGAAAAAGCAAAUAAAAAAAUGCCUUUUUCAAAAGUAGUAUUUUUAAGAGUCUUUUAGACUUAUAAUGUGCUGUGUGCGUCUAAAAAGAGCGAUUUCGAGUCUAUUUCUCAUUUGCUAAUAACACUUUCUCAAUCCAGUUUCCGCAUUCCUUCAAAUAAUUUGUUCAUUUUUUUCUGUUCUGCUGAUCAAGCAAACAGAAUGAUAAAAUUGUUUAUGAAAUGGCAUUUAGAAAAAAAAGGAAGUUUUUACAACAUAGGUAAAAAUAAAAGGUUUUUUUCAUCACCCUCAGAAGGACCUGGAAAGGUUCCGCUAAAUGUCCCUAAAAUAAUGAAAAAAAACUUUUUGUGCAACUUUUUCAUAGCCUUAACAGAUUCUUUUUGAAUGCCCUGAAAUCUUUUUAGUUCCUUUUCAGCAUCGCUAUAUCAAAGGACGUGAAAAGUAUACAAAAGUGAAAUAAAACAGAUCUUCUGGGAACCCUUAGAAGACCUUUCUUUGAAAAAAAGCUUCUGAGGAGUUUUUCCUUUUUUCCUGAGAAGAAAGAAAAUAUCUAAAUUCAACUCUUCAGUUCAAUAUAAACUCGUCGUUCUUCACAAAUCAACGGAUGGAGCUGAAAACGGCACGAGAUCAGGUCAUGCUGCUGCGUCUCUCAAUGCCCAUCGAGAGUUCCACUUCUUGGUGUGCUUCUAGGAAUCCGGAAAUCUUAAAGUUAUCAUUGAAACAUCGGCAUUUUGGUUAGAGAAUGCUCUAGGAACGGCGUUCUUUCCCACUUUCUGGAGCACGACUUCGACCCCAAUACGAUGGGACAACGUGUCCAGGCCUACAAGGCGACGAUGAUUGCCGACAAAGACGAGAUCCGGGUCUCUGGACAGUGUAGGGAACAGUUUUCGUGCGGAAAAUCGAGGCAGAUUUCUAGAUUACAAUAAUAUCAGCAUUGGCAAGCGCAUGUUUGGAGCGGCGCGAAAGCAGAAAGUCGUUUCGACAAUCAUCGGAGGCAUGGAAAGAAGGUUAGAACUAAAAGAUCAGCAGUAAAAUAGAAAAAUUUUUUGAAGGGUCAAGUUUGUAAAAGUUCCUCAAUCUUCAAUUCUUGAUUUUUUUUUUCAUUGUAGGAAUGUCUUGAAUUUGCUAACCUGAAGGAUUAUGUGAGGUUUUAAGAAGCAGACUCUCUCGGUUUUUUUUUUUCAAUUUUUAGGAAAUCAAUGAGAAAAAAAAAUUGGAGGAGUGCUGACGGGAUUAAAAAUGUUUGACAGUAAAAAAAAAGGAAAUCUAAAAAAACGGAAAAAUAGACACAUCUGACCGAAUAUUCGUAUUAUAAAAUAGCUUGAACUCUGCUUGGUCGAUCUUGAGAUGGCUCAAGACUGCAAAACUGCUGAUUUAAUGCGUCCGACCUGAAAUAACUUGCGCGCGGCUGCAUGCAAAUGUGUUAUAACUCCCUUCUGGACUUAACCUUGGCUCUAGAAAAAUUCCCAAACGCAACGCUUUUAGUGAUUCAACGGAUUUCUCAGUCGGAACAAGCGAAAUAUCUUUUAGAUUUGAAAUCUUGGACAACUCGGUCAACCAUAUUCCCUUCACGCAUGCUGUCUCUGACGAAAAUGUCGACAAGCUCCGAAAUCCACGUUUGAAAUAAAAAAUAGCUGUACUUUUUCACUGAUUUUGUCGAUUUGAGGCGUUCGCUGCAAAGAUGAAACCCGAGUGGCGUUGAACUUUCCCUCAGGGGCAACCAACGAUUUUAUCCACGCAAAUCGCGUUUCCGCAGGACCGCUUUUCAACGAAUUUAUUGUUACCCAGGCACCCAUGAAUAACACAAUCGGUGAAUGAAUGAGAAAAAUAUAGUCCGUUUUUCGCGACUUGAAAGGGCGAAACUUCUCUGGGCCCUCCUCUUCGCUCGGCGGCUCUCUCAUUUUGACGUGCUGUUUUCAUAUUUCUCUGGUCUCGCCGCUGAGAGAACAGAGAGACGCAGACAGUCGAGAACUUUCAAGUCGCUGCGAACAGGCUCCAGCAGCCAAAUUUUUGCCAUUUUACUGAAGGAAACAGCAUUUUUCAGACGCGUUUUGGAGAAUGGUCUGGCAGGAAAAGUGUCCGUACAUUGUGAUGCUUGUCAGCCGAAAGAAUGAGAGUCGAUGUGCUAAUUAUUGGCCAAGGUGGUUGAUUAGUUCCUUUAUUAAAGAAUAAAUGAAUUAUUUGACUGAAAAUGUUUUGAAAAAGUACGCUCCAUUGAUAGAGUCUGCUAGAUCAAGCGAGUCCAUGAAAAUUCAAAUUUCACGAAAGACCAAAAAUAGUUUAUUUUUUACGUCUUAGAUUUCUUUUCGAAGUCUGACUAUAAUAUGAGGCGUUGGAGUUUUUAAUCAAGUGCUAUGAAUUUUGUUACUUCGAUUUAUUUUCAUUAGAAAAAAAACUCCAUAGUUUCAAUGUAAAGGAAAUACCGUAACUUUUUUGAACGCAGGGAUAUAUUUUUUUUUUCCAAGCAAGGUUUGUGUUUCAGAUACCCUUCAAAGGAUGCGUUGAGCAUCAGCGGCGGUUUAAUCAUUGAAAAUUGCGGAGUUCACAGCUCGCCGGAUCCUCUAUUCCGUGUCACAAAUAUCAAAAUCACGGGACCGUUUGGAGAAGAGGUUCGUGUUGAGAAAUGGAAAAACUUGAUUCAGUUGAAGCGGAAAAAAUUCGAUCCAAAUUUCAUAAAUAAACAUAUAAAUAAACAUGGCAGACCACUUUUUAAAGCUGUCAAAACUCCUCAAAUUGAAGCCCUGCUUUAUUGAGUUUUUUUAGCUUCUGGUCGAGCACUGGCAAGCGGAGAUGAACAAUUCGAGCAAUUUGAUGUCGCCGCUGAACGUUUUGCGCAUGCUUCGAAACUCGUCGCGUCCUGUCGUUGUUCAUGAUUGUCUUGGUUUAUAUUUAAUCAUUUUUGGCUGUGAAUCAAUUGGCAGAAAUAUUGAACGGAUCAUUUUUUUCAUCUUGAAAAUUGUUCUAGGAAAAAGCUAGUUUUUUUGAGGAGAAAUCUUCGUCGUAGAAAAAAACUUUUUAUUUUUAGUUCUAGGAAAAAAAAAGCCAUUCAUUACUGUAGAAAGCAGAAAAGCUAUAGUUUAAUCUCGAAAAAAUUUGAAACAAUCCUUUUUUCAAGGAAUUUCACGUGCUGCGUGUCUUGUCGCGGCUGAAAUCGCCAUUUGCAACAUGAUCAAAGGCCCCGUUUACAAGGUUCAGGAACUCAUUAAUUUUUGCUCUAAGGAGUUGAAAUUUUCCAGUACCCAGUGCAAAAAGCUGUCCAGUUCCUUCGAAUGCACCGUCCGUUCAGUAUUGAAACCCCCAUGCAAUACAUUUUCGUCCACCGCGUAGUCAACUACUUUUUCCGCGAUUUCAUUGGGAACAUCAGGGAGGUCGACAGUGAUUAUGAGAGGUUUUCUUCGUUUGACAUGAAUUGAACAGUUCUAACCUGUCUGCGCUCUCUUCUCUUUCACCGGGAGGAAAAUGAGAGUUGGUUGAAGAAAGAGAGCGCAGACAAGCAAGAAUUUUGCAGUUUAUGAAGAUUUUCGUGCAGUUUUCAUUCAUUUACGUUUUCAGGUGGCUUGAAGACCGAUCAAAUCGUCUUUUCCUUGAUGAUUUGACCAAUCCGGUGGGUUUAUCAAGCAAGUCUCAUCAAAGUUUUUUUUUAGUGGAUAACAGAUUUAAAGUUUUAUGAAUUUAUACUAAAAAAAUAGGAAAUAAAAUUCGUUUCGAAAUUUGACCAAGAAAUAAACUUGGAACACUUUUUUUAAACUUUAAAGAUUAAAUCAACCGGAACGCCACUCAAAUAGAACUUUAAGGUCUUGAAAAAAAUAACUUCAAAUUUGGUUCGAAUGUACUCAAAGUUUACUAUAAAGUAUCACAAAAAAAGAAAAACAUUUUCAUCCGCUUUUUUUAAAAUCAAAUGUUGAACAAGAAUAGCUUUCUUCCUCAUUUUUGAGAAAAAUCAGUAAAUUGUGUUUUUAACAAACUAUUUUUCAUGAUUUUAAGAUCUGAAAGAUUAAACUUUGAACAAAAACUUUGUAUUUUUUUUUUCGCUCGGUGCUGUACUAAAAAUCAGAUUAUUAUUCGAAAAAAAUAAGCGUGUAGGCGUUUAGUGAACUUGAAAAACUAGUAAAAUACCUUUUUUUUUUUAUACGACUUCCUUCAGAUUCCCGGUUACCGUCUUCUCUCGCCAGUUGUCGACCCCGACCUUCUUUGCCUCGUUGGACGUCCUGAACGCCCCAACCGCAGAAGGUUCGUUCUAUUCUCCUUCCCCAAUUUCUUAAAUGAAUUUAAUUCCAGAGAGGCUCCUGACUGCGUUGGAGAGUUGCCUUACGUUUGUCCGCCAGGCGAGUCUGUCGAAACUCCCGCACGAAAAACGCUUUUCCAGUCAUAA